UAUCGCAUAAAUCAUAAAAUCGACAAAGCUUAGGAACUCAAGCACACACCUUAACAUAAUUAAAACAAAUUUUGUCUGUGAAAGUCUUGUUUUAAUCGAUUAAAAUGAAGCUGGCAAUAUUAUUUUUGACAUUGAUCUGGCAAAUCAUGGUUACCCAAGGCAUUGAAAACUGUGGAUGCCAUUUGAUCAGCAACCAAAAUGAGCGUACAGCUGACUGCUCAAACCGCUUCGAAAUAAACUAUGACUGCCUCUCGCAUUUUAGACCAACUGAACUGAUAUUACAAAAUAAUGGUUUAACGGAGAUACCACCACAAUUGUUUCAGUAUAACUUCAAUAAUGUUCAGCAACUUGAUCUUUCUUACAAUGCGAUUAAGAAUUUGCCUGACAAUUCGAUGCACUUUCUUGAAGACUUAAAGACCUUUAACGUGAGCUGCAAUUCUUUGAAGAAUCCAUUGGAAUUGUUGGCGAUAAGAAACGACGUCGAAAUCUUUAUUGCCAACAAUGUGUUCAAGUGCAAUUGCGAAGAGCCGAAACUCUUCGAACUUAAUGAACGUAUAAAAAAGCAAAAGAAGCAAAAAACAACUUUGUAUUGCCUUCGGGAUGAUCUAAAUGAAACACAGAAGAGUAUUCCUCUGACCGCAAAAUGUAACAAUCUCGAGGAGCCCCAAAAACAUUGGAAGCAAAAGCGAUUCAAAUGGGCAUUGUAGUUAUUAUAUGCGUUAUUAUAUUAAUUUUGCAAAGAUAAUUCAAGAUGUGUGGUAUGCUUGUCAUGAAACUUAAAAAUCAAAAAUGACUGUCAAACUGAGCACCUGAUCGAGUGAUUAGUUUACGCCUGCUCAGUGCAUAUUUAAUCCUAUAAAGUAUAUACAUACAUCUAUCAUUUCUCCCAAUUACCCCAACUUUACUUUCAGCACUGACCACCAACUACAAAUGCUUAUCGCUAAAAUAAAUAUAUCGGCGUAGAAUUUGUUAUUAGUCUUGUCAAUACUUACAUGACAACGUCUUAACAAAACUAAAGUGACAAGUUGAUUGCAUUCAUUUAAGCAAGUAAUUCCUGUUAAGUUACAUAUAAUAUAUAUAAUAAUAACAAUAGUAUUCAAAAAUUUGUCGAAGUUAUUAAAUAAAUACUUGUGUAUGCCCGCUUACUAUGGGUAUGGAAUACAGUACUAUAUAUGUAAAUAU